UUAAAAAAAACUGGAAAACCUAUGUUACGCUGCGAGUAGGAUUCGAACCUACGCGGGAAGAUCCCAUUUGAUUUCUAGUCAAACGCCUUAACCACUCGGCCAUCGCAGCUGAAAUGCAGUGACAGUUGCCCGAAUAAAUUUUAAACUUAACGUAUUUUAAUCAAAGUCUAGAUAAAAACAAAGAGGGCGCGGGAGCAGCGUCAGGAAGUCAGUCACUGCAAGCAGAAAAACAAAAUGGCCGGCAUAUUUUUUGCACGUGCUUUUAGAAGUUCUCGAAGUUUUUCAGGUUCCUCCAUAGUUUCUAAAGUACGUCAUGCUAAUCAGAGUCGGUCUAAAGUAUCUAGCAGCCUACAAAGAAAGGUUAAUACAUCUUCCAGAAGAACUUCGCCUUCUUUGCUAUUUGCAAACACAAGUAGCAGAUCAAAUUUACUGGAACCAACGUUUGCUGGGGUGACAUUUCCAACAGGUAGCAUUCUCAGCAACCUUCAAGUUAGUUGUCUUCACGUUUCGGCUGCUUCAUGUGACGAUAGUUCUUCAACAGGAGUAGCUGUUGAUGAAGCUGGCUCAGAAGCAAGUGACAACACUGUAGAUCCACUAUCGAACGACUUGUUGUUACCAGACAGUGGUGGAGGUGGUGCGGAUGCGUUGUAUCCAUUUGAAACUGCGCAAGAUGUUUUAUCUUCAGGAAUGUUGGAUGUUCCCCUUUCCAGUUUAGGUUUAGGUGGAUACACACCUGUAGGACUUAUACAAAAUGUUCUUGAUUUUGCUCAUUUACAAUUGGGUUUACCUUGGUGGACUGCAAUUGUGGCAGGUACUGUUAUAUUUCGUGCUUUGGUUUUUCCUUUAAUGGUGAAGGGACAAGUCAAUUCAGCUAAGUUGAAUGCAAUUAAACCAGAGUUGGAAAGGUUACAAGAAAAGUUACGCGAAGUUUCGAAUUAUCAAAAUCCCAUGGCUAAAGCGCAGGUAUCAAUGGAGUUGCAAGGACUGUUUCAGAAACAUGAUUGUCACCCAGUGAAGGCAAUAAUUGCACCACUGGUACAGCUACCAUUAUUUAUUUCAUUUUUCUUGGCGUUAAGACAAAUGUCUUAUUUGCCAGUUGAAUCUAUGAAAAUAGGCGGUCUCUUGUGGUUUCCAGAUCUUACAGCGGCUGAUCCAACGUUUGUUCUUCCUGUAGUGUGUGCAGCUACCAUGUUACUUACAAUUGAGACAGGAGCUGAAGCUGGCAUGGCUAAUCCUCAAAUGAAAAUGAUGAAGAAUGUGUUUCGUGGGAUGUGUUUUGUUAUGGUACCACUCACUUAUAAAUUCCCUACGGCAAUCUUUUUGUAUUGGAUGACAUCAAAUGCAAUUUCUUUGGUACAAGUUUUUGCAAUGAAAACCCCAGCAGUGAAGAACUAUUUCGGAAUUCCCGAACCGAUUAUUCAUCCAGUCAACCCGAAUGUGAAAACAGGCAGUUUUUUUGAAAACUUGAAAGCCGGAUAUAAAAACGCACAAGAAGCUGCUAUUGUGAAACACACUGAAAAAAUGAAAGAGAGGAAGUACAAAUCAUCCUUAAAUAAUGCUUAUCAAGAAACUUUCGAGUAUAAUCCGCGAACGAAAGAAAACGAGGAACUCUUUAAAGCUGCUAAAGAAAAUAUGAAACGUAAACCAUGAGAAAUUAAUCUUCGGAAGAGCGUGCAAGGUGUACAACACGCGGUAUAUCGAGUUCACUGGAUGCGCUAAAAAAUCACGUAGCAUGACUUUACGUACAGUUAAAUCGUAAAUGACCUGCAUAUUUUAAUUUUUAUAUUAAAGAUUAUUUUUGUGUUUGAGAAAACAACGCAGAUAAAUUAUUUUUCUUACGUUACUGCAGAAAAAAAAAAUGAACUAUUCAAAUAACUUUCUGAUUAUUUUCAUUCAAAGCUGCUACCAUCUCGAAUGUACGCGAGGUCGUCAAUAAGGUAUUAUUGCAAAUGCUCUUCCAAAAUAGUAAUAUUUUCAUGGGUGCAUUGUGACUCUCGUUCCUGUAAAAAGAAAUCCUAAGAUCAAUGUGAAAGUAUCGUUCACGAUAACGCACUGACUCUCUAAUUUAAACAUCUGCGUCGGAGAGUGGUAUAUCCGGCGAUGACUAUCCUUUUAUUUGUCAAGUUUGUUUACAUUUGGAUACAAUAUUGUUUACGUUUGGAUAAAUAGGUAGCUGUGUUAAUGAAGUAUAAACAUCGAAGCAUGGUUUUUUUUCCAACGUGGCAAAAACUAUUCUCAAAGUUGUAUUUAUUAUACCGAAAUGUUAUGAUCUUUCGUCGUUUUGUAGAAAUUUUAUAACGCAUGAAGAUUUGUAUGAAGACUUCCUGGCUUUAUUUGCAGAAGUUGUUUUUAUUGGUUGAAGAUGUAAUUGUGUACAUAGA